AUGGCCAACGACACCAUGAUCACGGAUGAUUAUGUCGCCGAGCUCCUUGCCAAGGAAGCGAGUGAGGCCUCGAUAAAGUAUUCCUCAAUGGGCCUCGAAGCGUUUAGAUCGACAAAACCUGCGAACAAGGCAAAGCCGAAUACCAAUUUCCUGACUCGCAUCAUCCGCGAAACCGACUCCCACAAUGCCGCAAUCAAGGCCAAAGAGGCCGCCGAGGCGCACGCGCGCUUGACUGGCUUAGAAGAAGCAGAAGAGAAAAAGCGACUCAAAACCAACCCCUCGCUACAGGAUAUACGACGACGACAAUUAGGCGCAAUCUCCUCGUUACUUUCCGGGCAGAAGAAAAGGCGUGGGGCUGAAGAAGGCACAAGAACGACGUCCUCCAAAGAUCAUAGGGACAGUAACUUUAGCGACAAGGACAAACAUAAAAGAGGCGAGAGUCGACUUUCGGAAGACGAGGAUACAAAAAAUACAACACGAGAAAGGCGCCACCAUCAUCGCCAUCACCGACAGCAUAAGGACGAAGAGAGGUCCUCGCGCGAGGAACAGCGGCACAGAGACAGAUCCAGAUCGCGCUCUCCAAGACACCGUGAGCGCAGACAUCGACAUCGGUCUCGUUCCCCGCUCAGCAGCGACCAAGAAGAUACGAAGCACAGCCGCUCGUCACAUAAGUCUCGAAGCAGCAGAUCCGAAAAGGAGAGCCGUUCCCGUAAGGACCGCGACAUAAUUCAAGAAAAACUAUCCACCCACAGACGACACGGUCGGCUGGCCGAAAAAGAGAAGACCGACAACGAAGACUCCGAUCCACUUGAGGACCUCAUUGGACCAGCAGCACCGCCAUCUGCUGACUCUUACCCUCCACCUGUUCGCACUCGUGGGAGAGGAGCAGGCAGAGGUGGAGCCGCCAUGGACGGAAGAUUUGCGAACGAUUACGACCCAAGAGAAAACAUGCAACUAGAUGAGAGUGACCUCCAGGUCGCCAAGACUGACGACUGGGAUGAUAUGGUGGAAUCCUUCCGUGACCGGCAAAAAUGGCUCAAGCAGGGUGCGGACAGACUUCGGGCUGCUGGCUUCUCAGAAGAGGACAUCAAAAAGUGGGAGAAAACCGGCCCCAAUGGGGAGAGGGAUAUCGAGGAUGUCAAGUGGACCAAGGCUGGGGAGAAGAGGGAAUGGGACAGAGGCAAGCAGGAUAACUAGGCGAAAUCACUUCUAGCGUCAAUUUUCAAGGUCUAUAAGAGGGACCGGCAAGCAACUUGUUUGGAUCAUGUUGAGGGGCGUUAUUGGUAGCAAUGGUUCUCAUGGGAUUCAGCAUUACAAGGGGAAUGGAGUUUAGGCUGCUGAAGAUUCGGUGAUUCAAAGUACCGGUCGCUUAUGGGAUUUGAUUUUAUGGUUACAGCAAGCGUGGUACCACAAAAACCACGGCACAUUAAGGGGUUCAAUAAAAUGUUAUGGUUUGCUUUUCCA